AUGGCCACCCAACUAAUUCGUAAAAUUACUUUAUUGCAAUCUAAAAAAGAAGCAUUAUUUCAAAGAACGCAAGAAACUUACGAUCUCAGCUUAAAGGUUUCGGAUCAUAUCUCGCAAACUAAAUUCUUAUCGCGUAUAAAAUCAUUAGAACAUACUAGAACCGAAUUUCUAGAAACAGUAGAUGAUUUGAAUUUAUUGUUUAUGGAACAGGACAAAGAGGUCAAGCCUACCUACUCGGAAAUAAACUCAUUUGAUGAUUUGUAUUGUCAUAUUAAAAUGGUUGAGAACUCUCUUCUGCGGCCCGACUGCGUGCAGAAACCAAAAAUUACGCCAAAAUUGCCACCACUGCAAUUAGCCUGCUUCAAUGGUAACCCUAACAAUUGGGCAGUGUUUUAUCAGAACUUUAAAAGUCUCAUUCAUGAUAAUCCUCGACUCACCGCAGCCGAAAAGGUUCAAUACCUCGUAGGUAACCUCUCAAACAAAGCCUUAUCAGUUUGUUCUAGCAUUCCACCUAUUGGUGAGAAUUAUGACAUUAUUUGGAAUGCAUUAAUCGAAAAAUAUGAGGACAUUAGAGUUCAAGCUUCUAUGUACUUAGAACAGAUGUUAAAAUUUAAAUUAUAUUCAUUAGACGCCUUUAUUGAACGGUUUUGCUCAGCCGAAUCCGCGUUACGACGCUUAGGCAUUGAUGACCUCGCCGGUCUCAUCAUAACGCAUAUCGCAUUAUCUAAACUCGAUAGGGACACUCUUGCGCUAUUUGAACAGUCUUAUAGACAUGUCAAUAUACCUACAUUCGAAAAUCUUAAACAGUUUAUAAAGGAACAGGAUAAAAUUCAUACAUUACGCACACAGUCAUACUCAUGUAAUAAACAAUCUAACAUAACGCACUCUCAUAAAAAUAAUAACGCAAACUCAACUAAAAAUUCGAAAUACACUCAGUCGUUCAUAGUGAACACCACGCCAAAUAGUACGCUGGCUGGUAUACGCGACAUACCACUAGCGGAUGAUGAUUUUUACAUCCCUUCGGAAAUAAAUUGUUUGCUGGGUAACGAGUUAUUCCCGCAUUUAAUUCGCAACAAUAAGAUUAGCUUUCCUCCGUGUUCAGUUGUUGCCAUGGAAACCACGCUCGGUUAUAUAAUGAUGGGCAGAGCUCAGUGUGAUGACUCCGAUUUAAACACGAAAAAAAUUAAUAAAACAUUUUUCUGUUCUGCUCAAACGCAUAAUUUAGAAGACUUAACGCAACGCUUCUGGGAGCUCGAAAAGGUACCAGAUAAAGUUCACACAAGUCCUGACGAUGAAGUCUGCGAACGUAUCUUUCAGGCAACGCAUUCCCGCGACGAGACGAGUAGAUAUACUGUAACGCUCCCAUUUAAAUAUGAUCCCCUUUUGCUCGGAAACUCGUAUAAUAUCGCUAAAAAACGAUUAAAAAAUUUGGGAAGAAAAUUAGAUAACGCACUUGAAUUACGCUCCGAUUAUAACGCAACUAUACAAAAUUAUAUUGAUCAGGGUUACUUAUCAAAAGUCAACUCUGAUGCUCAAAUUCACAACUCUUAUUACCUACCGCAUAGGGCCGUCUAUCGGCCAGAUAAAAGUACGUCGAAGAUUCGCGUGGUUUUAGACGCCAGCGCUAAAACGACGUCGGGAAAGUCGCUUAAUGAUUUGUUGUUUACGGGUACCAACCUUCAACAAAACAUUUUUAAUUUAUUAAUUAAUUUACGCAUGUUUUCUAUAGCAAUGUCAGCGGACAUAGAAAAAAUGUAUUUUCAAGUACAACUCACGCCGGGUCACCGACCUUUUCAACGCAUUCUCUUUAGAUUUUAUUCUAGUUUAGAUAUUGACGAAUACGAAUUUAAUAGAGUGACAUUCGGAUUGUCUAGUUCUCCAUACCUCGCAAUGCGCGUCGUGCGUCAACUAGCAGACGACGAGCGUGCAAAGUGGCCGCUUGCCGCUUACGAGGCCGCGAGUCACAUGUAUAUGGAUGACUAUAUUUCAUCGGUAGACUCUGUAGAUGCCGCGGAGAAAAUAUACAAAGAAAUGAUAGAUUUGUUUUCGGCGGGAGGUUUUAAAUUGGUGAAAUGGAUCUCGAAUAGCUCGGAUUUAUUAAAUAAAAUUCCUAACUCAAUUAAAAGCCCGCAUCUUGUAGAUUUCGACGCUGCUCAAACAACUACGAAAAUUUGUAGGCAUGCUUUGGCAGCCUGA